GAGGGGUCUGAAUGACUAUCACUACCCCGCAGUAGACCCUGGGAAUGCAUAGUAAAUAAUGCUAUGUAUGGCGAAGAGGUCUUAUUUUUUAAUUGUGGGUCAAAUCUGACCCGAGCAGACUGGAUGUAUGUAUAUUCCGAACAGACUACAAGGGUUAAAACCCGACACAGAGUAUAUGUUUCCAUAUUGUAUUUCCCUAAUCCUUGGAUGAAGCCUCCACAAGUGUUUACUGUUAGCGGUGUCGUCUGCCUUGUAGGAGAGGACUCCACUACUCCACUAACCAAUACAGCUAUUUGUGGUCAUUUGGCAGUCGACUCAAAUGAGAAGAGUGAAGAAAAAUCACAUAACGCAGGAAAUAUUGAAUUGCAAUGAGAAAUUGGUGUUGAAAAUUUGCUGGUAAAUGAAGAAAGAAGAAUAGAUUGACUUGGAGUGAGAAAUAUGAACAGACAAUUCGUGUUAAUGAUGUGGACCAGGAAAAUUCUUCAGAAAAUGUUACAUCCACUAGACGUCUUCCCAUCCGCCAGUGUAAACUUUAAGUCAUUUCUGGAAACUCCGAGAACUAUGCGUGAUAAAAUAAAUUACUCCUCAAAACUAAACUUUAGAACAAUAUUUAUUGCUGAUGAUGAUGUCUGUAAAGCUACAUUAAUAGCUGCUAAGACGGGUAGGGAAGCAGAAUGCUGUCAGCAAGAGGAAAAAGAUCUUUAUCAGUCAAUAAGCUUGCAAUUUGAUAAUCUUUAUACCUUAAACAAAAUAUAUCGUAGAAGAAAGUUGUGCUCGGUUAACAGUAAGACUCUUCUUGACAAUUAUAAGUCACCAGUGUCACACUGCAUCAGAACAAUGACCACACUAAGCUCACCUGCUGCAUCACAUCUCCUCUAUAGUGCCCCACUGGUGACACAAACGCAACAAAAUCGUGGAAUUUGGGACAUAUUUAAGAGAGCCAACUUUGGCAGUUAUGCUGUGCUUGAUAAUGUUGGAGAAGUAUCUGCAGCCCAGCUGGUUCCUUCCCACAUAUCUUGUCCACCAUACUUUAAAACUGGAGAACCGUCUACUCCCCCAUCUGGUCCAGAAAUAAAGGCUGAAUGGCAGGUGCAGGCCAUGAGAGAAGCCUCUUACCUAGCUCGAACUGUACUAAAUACUGUGGGAGAACAUUUGCAGGCUGGCAUGGCAACAGAAGAUAUUGACAUUCUCGUGCAUAACAAGAUCAUUGAGAGUGGAGCGUAUCCUUCCCCUCUAAAUUACAUGGGCUUCCCUAAGAGUGUGUGCACUAGUGUCAAUAAUGUGGCCUGUCAUGGUAUUCCUGACGAUCGCCAACUUUUGGAUGGUGAUAUUGUCUCUGUAGAUGUUACGGUGUUUUAUAAUGGUUAUCAUGGAGAUUGCUGUGAGACAUACCUCAUUGGGAACGUCGAUGAAUUAGGACAUCACUUAGUACGAGCAGCACGAAGGUGUCGAGAUGAAGCUAUAGCUAUAUGUGCUCCAGGAGUUCCAUUUGCAGCUAUUGGUGCCAAGGUAGAACAAGUUGCUGAUCAGGAAGGUGUGACUGUAGUACCUUGCUUCAUUGGUCAUGGCAUUGGAAAGUACUUUCAUGGACCACCAGAUAUAUAUCACUGUUAUAAUAAUUACCCGGGAACCAUGGAAGCAGGAAUGACUUUCACCAUCGAGCCAAUCGUAGCUCAGGGUAAGGAAGAUGCACUCAUUCUGGAGGAUGGUUGGACGGCAGUUAUGUUGGAUAAUGGACGUGCUGCACAAUUUGAACACACUGUUCUUAUUGUAGAAGGUGGUCAUGAGAUUUUGACUGAAUAUCAUUAAAACAGGAUUCUGUGUUCUUGUGAAAUUAAAGAAAUUGUGCCUUACAGGGGCAGAUCCAGUGGGGGUCCAUACCUCGUCCUUUUCAUCAGAAAAUACAAUAUUUUUUCUUUAAUUCAGUAUUGCACUCAGGGGUUUUUAUAUUGUAAAAUAAUUACUGUUGACCUCAGAAUAUCCCAUAAUAUCAAGUCACAUGGCCUCAAAAUGCCCAUGAUAUUGGUUAGAAUUCAAAAAAAUUCUGGGGGAGAGGCCUUACGGCUCCCCCCCCUCUCCUUUGAUAUUCCUGGAUCUGCCUUAUCUUUUGUAUUUUUGAUGCUGUAGACAUUAAAUCUCUCUAAGCUUUAGUUGCCUACAGUUGGAUCACAAGUAAAGUAAUGGUUUGUGAGAUAUAGGUUUCAGAAAUGGCUCACAAUUUAUAAUUUGUUAAUAAUAUAUCAUAGUAUUUUAAUAUGACAUUUUAUUUUAAGGGUCAUUACUUAACUCUUGGGAAACCCCCAGUUGUGAAUUUGUACAUAGCUUUGCAGAUGGAGAAAUUAGGGUAGUUGAAUGUAGUGCUGAUCAUACUAAGAGGCUUGGUAUUCAGUGUCUCCAGGCUUACAAGAGUCACUUGUAUUUCCACAUCCCAUGACAGAGCCGCUAUAUAAAUCUUUAGUUAUAAUGAUGGGUUAAUACUAAAAAAACUGUUCUUCCAACCAUACCAUGAUCUUUCAGUAUUAAAAGAAGAGUUUUUUGAUGUGACUGUUUCCAAUAAACGCCAAAAGCCGUC